GGAGGAUUUAGAAAAGCAACUCUAAACACUCUCUUAAAAGUUCUCACUUAUCAGUAUAUUCCUUCGCAACAGCCGUUCCUCCGACCUCCAUAACCACCAGUUCAACUUUUCAAGAAAUUAAAGAUUCAAUCUUCCCCUGUUCAACCACCAUCCCUCCACCGCCCAAUACAAUAACCACGAUUUCGUCUUCCUCAACAACAACAAAGCCACCACCAAUCUCCCCGACUCAUCCACCAUCGUCUAGUUCAUAUCCGGAUCCUUCAACUAUUCGGCUCGGGUCAUCAGACUACUGUUGUCUAUCUACCAUCCAAGAAACCCAUAUUUUCUUCAUCUAGACUGUUCUGCCCCUUCAAAAAAACGUGACUUUUUAGCCCUAUCCGUUAGUCAAUUCAGUGUCGUUUCUCCUAAAAAUAAUUCUUCUAUUUCUUCCACUUUAAAUUGUGCUGCUACACUUUUGAAGCUUUGCGCUGAAUGGGAUUGGUUUAUUAACCUCUCUGCUGCUGAUUACUCAAUUGUUACUCAACAUGGGUUUAUAUGUUCCAUUUAUGACGUUUAUCCAUGUUGAAAUUUGAAUCAACACAGACGUAAUAUGAAUCUGUUCUAGGGAUGGAAAGAAACCCCUCACUGAAUUGAGUUAACAAACUUAUAAAUUCCGAGGUGUAGGUGAAGUUUCUACAAUGGCGAAACAAGCUCAAACAUUCUUUCUUGAAGAAUGGCUUAAAGCCAACAGUGGCACUAUCAGCAAUACCAACUCUACAAAUUCUACACCCCAAUCAGCUCGAGCCAUCAUCCAAGCAUGGGCUGAUCUUAGGGAAUCCCUCCAACAAAAAUCAUUCACUCAGCAACACUACCAAUCGUUACACACUCUCUUAAAUUCCGGAAUUGCCCUUUAUGUCGCAGAUCCACAAGUUAAGCUUAUACUCGCUAUUCUAUCAUCACCAGACCUAUCUCUACCUUCUGAAUCAUACCCUCUCUUUCUCAGGCUUUUAUACAUAUGGGUUAGAAAAUCGUCUAAACCCUCUCCUUUGUUUAUUAAUUCUUCCAUCAAUGUCCUCUUUCAACUAUUUUCAUCUCAAUCUGUGACCAAUAAAAGCUCUUUAUUCUUCACUGAAUUCCUUCUUCUUCUUGGUGCUUUUUCUUUCAUCCCCUCAAUACCCGAAAACAAAAGAACACAGUGCCUUGAUUUCUUCUGUAAAAUCAUGGAGGAAGAAUACAAGUUGGUUUCUUUAUUUGAUGAUCUUGUUCCAAGUGUACUUUCUGGAAUAGGGUAUGCUCUAUCUUCUUCAGGGAGUAUUCACUUUAUUCGAAUUCUUGAUACCUUAUUUGGAAUUUGGAAUAAAGAAGGAGGCCCUUCAAGUAGUGUACAACAUGGUCUAAUGAUCUUACAUCUUGUUGAAUGGGUUCUCUACAAUUGUAUCCAAUCACACGAGAAAAUCAUCAUCUUUUCAAGAGAGAUUCUAGAAUCCCACAAAUCACAAUAUGCUUCAUUUUCUAUUGUCAUGGGGGCAGCAGGAGCAUUAAGAGCUUCCAAUAGGUCAAUAUCUUCAGGUCUCAUGGAAUUAAGAAGCUCUGCUGAAAAACGACUUGAAAUCAUUGCAACUGAAUACGUUUCCAUAAAUGGAAACGAUAGUGUUCUUUUACAAUGCAUAUCAUUAGCUUUAGCUAGAAGUGGUGAUGUUUUCUCUAGAGAGAAACAUUCUCUUCUUUUAUGUCUCACCUCAGCAAUAUUGACUGAAAUCCUUCCUCUAAAACGGUUUUACACACACAUUUACAUGAAUUCUGGUAACAAAGGAAAUCAUGAAGUUAAAGAACACCUACAAAGUGUCAUUUUCAAAGAGGCAGGAGUGAUAACCAGUGUUUUUUGCAAACAAUAUGCUCAAGCUAAUGAACUCAGUAAGAAUAAAGUUGAGAAUCUUAUAUGGGACUUCUGUCAAGAUGUUUACAUGUCACAUCGCCAGGUGGCGUUAUUUCUCAAGGGAAAAGAUGAAGAGUUACUCCAAGAUUUGGAGAAGAUAACCGAGUCAGCUUUUCUUAUGGUGGUGUUCUUCUCUUUAGCUGUUACUAAACAGAAAUUAGUCCCGAAUAUUCCUAAAGAAAUUCAACUUGAUAUAUCAGUAAAAAUAUUAAUUUCAUUUUCUUGUUUGGAGUAUUUUCGGAGAAUGCGUUUGUCUGAAUACAUGGAUACAAUUAGAGGUGUUGCUGGAAGUGUUCAAGAAAAUGAAGCUGCUUGUGUUUCAUUUGUUGAGUCCAUUCCUUCAUAUGGUGACUUGACAAAAGUUCAUGUUUCUUCCAACAAAAUGGAGUUUACUUGGUGUAAAGAUGAAAUGCAAACUUCUAGAAUCUUAUUCUAUUUGCGUGUGAUUCCGACUUGUGCUGAAUACAUUCCAUCUUCAGUUUUCAGAAAAACUGUUGCUCCCAUUCUAUUUUUAUACAUGGGACAUCCAAAUGGAAAAGUGACUCGAGCCUCACAUUCAACAUUUGUAGCUUUCAUUUCUUCUGGGAAAGAUUAUGAUGAUGAACGUGUUUCGUUGAAGGAACAACUUGUUUACUAUUACAUGCAGAGAUCUUUAGAGGGGUAUCCUGGUGUAACACCAUUUGAAGGAAUGGCAUCUGGAGUUGCAGCAUUGGUUAGGUAUCUUCCUGCUGGAAGUCCUUGUAUAUUUUACUCUGUUCAUUGUCUAGUGGAAAAAGCAAGUAGUCUUUGUAGUGAAUUCCCAAAAGAGCCAAAUUCAUGGAAUGAUUUACACGAUGAGUUAGAGCCAUGUAAGAAGCUUCUAGAUUUACUUCUCAGACUUCUCUCACUGGUUGAUAUACAGGUGUUGCCAAGUUUGAUGAAGCUUUUAGCACAACUGGUUGUGGAGCUUCCUGAAGAUGGACAAAAUAUGGUGCUGAAUGACUUAUUUGCUCAAGUUGCUGAUUCAGACGAUGUGACACGGAAACCAACACUUGUUUCUUGGGUGCAGUCUUUAUCUUAUCUCUCUUCUCAAGCUACAAUCAAAGGAGGAGGACAAAGGAAGCAUGAAAAAUCUAGUGCUAUCAUUUGGAAUAAGGGCAGAUUGUUUGGGUUAAAUAGGAUCUUUGCACGAAUGUAAACCUGAUUGUUAUGUUGUUGUGACAUAUGAAUUAGUUUAUUAGUUUAGAUUUACACCUUUAGUUUCCUUCCUCUUCAUAACUCUUAAUCACACACUACCUUUAGGGUUGGGUUUGGGUAAUAAUAUGAUUAUACUAAAUAAUGUUCAAAGUUAAAUAUGCUUUACUAAAUUUAUAUAGUUAAUUAGAUUAAAGAUAUGUCAGAUUAAACAUUUGUAUAUAUACAUAUGUAUGGAUGAUAAUUGAUAAGGACGAUUUUGUA